GGUGAAUGUAUACAGACUAAAUGAAGCCGGGUUGUCAGUAGUUAUCUAGAAGCAAUAUAAUUAUUAUGUCAAAAGUAUCACAGAGACCAAGUGUUUUAUCAACAUCAGCUCCUAAAUAUGAGCAUUUGUUAAUUGAAAUAGAAUCAAAUGAUACUAGUAGUGUAGGUUUAGUUAUAAGAGCGAUUUAUGAUGGACACGAACAUCAAAAGUUUAUGGAAAAAUUGGACGAGAGAAUAAAAAGUCAUGAUAAAGAAAUUGAACGAAUGUGUAAUCAUCAUUAUCAAGGAUUUAUUGAUUCUAUUCGAGAACUUUUACAAGUUAGAUCUCUAGCACAGCAAUUAAAUACGGAAAUAUUGGAUUUAGAUAAAAGAAUAAGUGCCUCAACGACACAAGUACUUGAGAAAGGUGAAGAAUUAGUAAAAGCUAGAAAAGUUGAAAGUAAUAUUGCAGCAGCAAUUGACAGUUUGACAACAUGCUUACCAGUACUUGCUGCUUAUGCAAAACUUCAACGUCAAUUAAAAGACAAACGAUAUUAUCCAGCUUUAAAAACACUAGAGCAUCUUGAAACUUUUGAUUUACCUAAAGUUAAAAAUUAUCGUUUUUCAUCGCAGAUUACUGAACAAAUACCUUUAUUACGAGAAAAUAUAAAAGAUGCUUCCAUGUCUGACUUGAGAUUUUUCUUAGAAAAUAUAAGAAAAUAUUCACCUAAAAUAGGUGAAGUAGCAAUGAGACAUAGCGCUGAACAACUUAUAAAUGAGUCUGAAAUAAUUGGUAAAAAAAAGAAAAAAAUUCAACAGAGUUCAACGCCAAUAAAUGAAGGUGAAGAAGAAUUAAGUGCACAAGACUUGAUGGACUUUAGUCCUGUUUAUCGUUGUAUGCAUAUUUAUACGGUAUUACGUGAAGGUGAUACAUUUAAGAGUUAUUAUCAACAGCAGAGGCAUCAGCAAGCACGAUUAGUAUUACAACCACCAAUUAAUAUGCACGAAAGUAUCAUUGGUUAUCAAACUUAUUUACACGGUAUUGUUGGAUUUUUCGUUGUUGAAGAUCAUAUAUUGAAUACAGGAAACGGACUGACAACUCGUUUAUAUUUAGAAGAAUUAUGGGCUAUGGCAUUGUCCAAAAUAGUUAAUGCUUUACGAACUCAUUCAGCUUACUGUACUGAUGCUACACUUAUAUUAAAAAUAAAAAAUCUUAUUAUGUUAUUUAAUACGACACUGAGAAAUUAUGGAUAUCCUGUUGGUCAACUGUGGGAUUUAUUGCAAGAAAUUAGAGUUCACUAUAAUGAAGUAUUAAUGCAACAUUGGGUUCAAUUAUUCCGUGAUAUUUUAGAUGAAGAUAAUUUUUUACCGAUUCAAGUUUCAUCCCAAGAAGAGUAUAAUCAAAUAUUGGAAUCAUUUCCUUAUCACGAUCCAGAAUUAGAAAAAGCAAGAUUUCCUAAAAAAUUUCCUUUUUCUAUGAUGGUACCAAAAGUUUAUCAUCAAGUUAAAGAAUUUAUUUAUGCUUGUUUAAAAUUUUCUGAAGAUUUAAAUUUAACUCAGACUGAAAUUGAUGAAAUGAUUACUAAAUCAACAAAUCUUUUGUUAACACGAACAUUCAGCGGUUGUCUAUCUUCAUUAUUUCGUAAACCAUCUUUAGCACUUCUUCAAGUUGUACAGAUUAUUAUUAAUACAGGAUAUCUUGAGUCUUCCACAAAGUACCUCGAGGAAUUUGUCUCGAAUAUCACAGGUACACCUCAUGAUGGACAGCUUAGCUGCGGUGGAGUUAAAUCAGCCAUGUUUCGAGUUGCCAGAGAUGAUGCUGAAAAACAAAUUUGUGAUAAACUAGAAAGGAAACUUGAUGAAUUUUUAGAAUUGGAAAAUUAUGAUUGGAUUUUAGCAGAACCUCAAGGACAUGCUUCAGGAUUUAUCACAGAUCUAAUAGCAUUUUUACAAAGCACUUUUACGUGCUUUACAAACUUGCCAGCUGAAGUUGCACAAGUUGCAUGCAAAUCAGCAUGUCGUCAUAUCGCUGAAGCUAUUUUAAAUAUUUUAAUCAGUGAUGAUGUUAAACAAAUAUCAAUGGGAGCUCUUCAACAAGUUAACUUGGAUACGAUUCAAUGUGAACAAUUUGCCGCAUCUGAACCAGUUGUAGGAUUACCAGAAGGUAUAUUGCUACAAUAUUUUGCACAAUUACGACAACUAUUGGAUCUAUUUAUGACAUGGGACUGGCCUACAUACUUUCAUGAUUAUGGUCAUGAAUCGAGUAAAUACAAUUUAGUAACACCAAACAUGGCAGUUUUGUUAUUAGAAAAAUUACGUGAGUCAGAUAAAAAAACUGUAUUUUCUGUAUUAAAAAAGAGCGAAAGAGAUAAGAAGAAAUUGAUGGAAACAGUUCUCAAGCAAUUGCGUCAAUUAGCUCAAACAACUUCACAGUAAUAAAUAUAUUAUUUAUAAUUUAAAUUAUUUAUGUUAAGCAACGAAUUUGUAGAUAUUAUAAACUAUAUUCUUUCAUACUA